CAAUAGAGAGAUAAGCGGAAGAGCCCCUUCUCAUGGAGCCCAAGGAGGCAUCAUCAGAAGAGCCGCCCCGAGUAAGGUCGGAGCUAGAAGACGUUCUGACAAACACCGACCUCCCUUACUGGCGGCGCCUCCGAUCGGCCACUUGGAUCGAGCUCAAGAUCCUCUACCGCCUCGCCGGCCCCGCCGUGGUCGUCUACUUGCUCAACAAUGUCACCUCCAUGUCCUCACAAAUCUUUUGCGGCCACCUCGGUAAUCUUCAGCUCGCCACCGCCAAUCUCGGCAACACCGGCAUUCAAGUCUUCGCUUAUGGCGUCAUGCUUGGGAUGGGAAGUGCAGUGGAGACACUGUGUGGUCAAGCUUAUGGAGCUCAUAAGUAUGAAAUGCUUGGCAUGUACAUGCAAAGAUCAAUGAUUCUUCUAAUGGCGACGGCGAUUCCACUCACACUCAUUUACGUAUUCUCCAAACAAAUAUUACUUCUUCUGGGUGAGUCCACCAUUAUAGCAUCAGAAGCUGCGAUUUUCGUGUACGGUCUUAUUCCUCAGAUUUACGCAUAUGCGGCCAACUUUCCGAUACAGAAGUUUCUUCAAGCUCAGAGCAUAGUGGCUCCGAGCGCUUAUAUAUCGGCGGCGACGUUCGCCGCCCAUCUGCCACUGACGUGGAUUGUGGUGUUUAAGUUGGGCGGCGGGUUGCUGGGGGCGGCGUUGGUGCUGAGCUUUUCGUGGUGGGUAGUGGCGGCGGCUCAGUUUGUGUACAUAGUGGUGAGUAAGAGGUGUGAGAGAACAUGGAAGGGAUUUAAGUUGGAGGCUUUUAGCGGACUUUGGGGUUUCUUAAAGCUUUCUGUGGCUUCUGCUGUUAUGUUGACCUUGGAGACUUGGUAUAAUCAGAUCCUGGUUCUCAUUGCUGGCCAUCUCAAACAUCCUGCGAUCGCCCUUGAUUCUCUCUCCGUUUGCACGACAAUAUCUGGGUGGGUGUUCAUGAUUGCAGUAGGAUUUAAUGCAGCUGCAAGCUCCUUGGUAUAUGCUGAGUACAGAUUUGCUUUCAAUGUUGAUGCUUUCUCUUUUUCCCCUUAA